CGUGCGUGUGUGUGUGUUCGUUUCGUGUGUGUGUGUUCAUUUCGUGUGUGUUGGUGUGUGCGGUGUGUGUGUGUGUGUGUGUCCCGCCUCCCCCGGAGCUCCAUGCUUGGAGGGUCCGGGCGGCGUUGGCCGAGGGAUGGAGCGCCCUAGCCCACUCCCGCCUACGUCCGUCCCGCGCGGGGACCUCAUGAACCUCAGCGCCGCCAACCACUCGCUCAACGCCACGUUCCCGCCGGACGAGGCGGCGGAGGCCAGCGUCUCGCUGCAGGUCUCCCUCGCCCUCACGCUCUCCCUCAUCACCUUCGCCACCACGCUGUCCAACGCCUUCGUCAUCGCCACCAUCUACCAGUCCCGCAAGCUGCACACGCCCGCCAACUUCCUGAUCGCGUCGCUGGCCGUGACGGACCUGCUGGUGUCCAUCCUGGUGAUGCCCAUCAGCGCACUGUACACCGUGUGCCAGACCUGGACCCUGGGCCAGGUGGUGUGUGACAUCUGGCUGUCCUCGGACAUCACCUGCUGCACCGCCUCCAUCCUGCACCUGUGCGUGAUCGCGCUGGACCGCUACUGGGCCAUCACGGACGCCGUGGAGUACACCAAGCGCCGCACGCCGGCGCGCGCCGCCGGGAUGAUCGCCACCGCCUGGGUCAUCGCCAUCUCCAUCUCCCUGCCGCCCUUCUUCUGGCGCCAGGUGAAGGCGGAGGAGGUGACCACCUGCAACGUCAACACGGAUAACGUCUUCUACACCAUCUACUCCACCUUCGGCGCCUUCUACAUCCCCACCUUCCUGCUGCUGGCGCUGUACGGGCGGAUCUACGUGGAGGCGCGCAAACGCAUCCUGAAGCAGUCGCCCAGCAAGCCGGGGAAGCGGCUGACCUCGGCGCACCUCAUCACCGACUCGCCGGGCUCGGUGGCCUCGAGCACGUCGCUCAACUACGGCACCAACGACACCUCGUCCUGCGACACGGUCGCCUCGGCCACCGUGGGCCAGGUCAAGGUCACCGUGUCGGACGCGCUGCUGGAGAAGAAGAGGAUCUCGGCGGCCCGGGAGAAGAGGGCCACCAAGACCCUGGGGAUCAUCCUCGGGGCGUACAUCGUCUGCUGGCUGCCCUUCUUCAUCUACACCCUGGUGGUGGCGGCGUGUGACGCCUGCUUCUCCCCGGAGCUGUUCGACAGCUUCACCUGGCUGGGCUACCUGAACUCCCUGAUCAACCCCAUCAUCUACACCAUGUCCAACGAGGACUUUAAGAGGGCCUUCCACAAACUCAUACGCUUCAAGUGUUGCCGGGCGUGAAGCCCCCCCCCCCCCGAGAGGAUCGCGCCACCCACUGUGAGCAGACGGUGGGCUGUCGGUGGGCCGCUGCCUCGUCCGUCGACAUGAGGUGGUGACCAUGUUUUUUGCAAAACAUGGUCACCACCUGACGUUCUGUGGAGUGCGCCAAUGCGAAGGACCUCGUUCCUGCUGUCCGCGACCGUGGGAGUACAGAGUGCGUGCUGUGUGGACCGGAGGACCAGAUCUUUAGCAGGGCGGGACCUGGAGAAGAACCACCACCCGCCCGGAGCCUCCCGCAACGUGUGGUUUGUAGCCCGCGGUCCUGUCCUCCGUGGUCCGCUGCGAGACGGGGAAGCCCGCGGCCAUUUUUGAAGCCCGAAACGACGUGUUGGGAAUACGGAGAGGGAAUGCUGUUGUUGUAGGGAGUACGGCGAGGACACGGACCGUGGUGAGGGAGGCGCCCAGAACCCUUUAACCAGGGGCCCACUCAGUCAGCUGUACGGACAGUCGGGGGCCGCAGGACCUCUAUCUUCCUGGUUCCACAGAGCCGUGAAGAACAAACGUCUGAAGGACUCGAACUCCCCCGCCUCCGCGGUGGUGGAGAAAAAAGACUAAGAGAACACAUUGAUUGGUUGAUUUAUCUGUUGAUUCCUACGUCCUCCCGGGGAAAUGCUGGUGCCUACAAACGUUUAUUCUAAUGACUUUCAUUUAGAGCUAGAUUGAAUUUAGAUUUCAUGUUUUGGUUUUUAGUUUUUUCUUUUACACAACGCUGUCUUUGUUU